AUGCGCCGACGACUAACUCAGGAGAUUUACGACGAGACUGUCGCCAACUAUACCGAAAACUUUGAUAUGGAUGCGUUAGAAGCUCGCGAAUCAGCUUUGGAAGAGUUAAAACUCCAAGACUUCGACGUUUCGAUGGUCUCGCAACCAAGCUGCUUCUCUAGGAAUACAGUAGCACGCGAGCAGGCUCAACUCGUUUUAUCCUCACUUCGAGCCAUCUUAGAGAUGGAAGAGAAACACACGGAAGAAAGCAUGAAGGAAGGCGUGUUGAGCAGGCAACAAAUUUUGGCGCUCAUACUUGCAGCCCGUUCUUCUGCCACAGAUCACGAUGACGCUUUUCUACGUGUUAUUGGACAAAGUGGAGCAAAUAAACUUUUGCUGCAAAUUUCCUGCAAGAUAACUGAAGCAGCUCACCAGCGCGACUGGGCUUUUGAAUGUUUGGAAGCUUUGAUGGUUGUUCCUGAGAACAGUCAACUUGUGCUCGAGUGCCAAGAAUUUUCAGGAGUUUUGAGAACCCUUUCGACAUCCGAAUCUUCGUCCUCUUUCAACAACUUUGUAGCGAGUGCCAUGAAGCACCAAGAUGACAACAAGACUGUCCUCUUGCAAGAAUAUGUGCUUGACAUGCUUUCGAGGACGUUAACUAGUGAUGAUGAGUUGAUGGUUCAGUCAGCAUCUAGAGUACUCAUUUCAAUAUUGCUGGAUGGAGUUCACACCGUGGCGUCAAGAAAACACACACGUGCUCUCAUUUUAUUUGAACAUGGCAUAGUUCGGCACGUGUGUGCAGGCAUAUAUCGGUGUUCGCAGCUUAAUCAGUAUACAACACUUUUACACCUCCUUGAGCUGUUAACCGAACUUUUGGUGAACGAACGUGCAUGCAGGAGUGUCGAAGUCGAUAUCAUGCGCGUCUUACUGGAUCUGUCAACAUCUGAGGACAGUGCCCUGCUACUUCAUCAGAUCUGCAAGUGCGUACGCCGUCUAGUGAUGUGUGAUUCGUGCAAGAUUUCUCUGUUAAAUUUGAGGAUCAUUGACGUUUUUGUUCCACUGCUCGACCACGAUACCCCUUGGCUUGAAGAAAUAGUUGGCACCAUAGCCGCUUUGACUCUUCGGAACCAGUCUGCCGCGUGCACUUUGUACGAGACGGAUGGAAUCAAUAAAGUAUUAAAGAUCAUGCAACACGAUAGGAGAGGAAAGGUCCUACGUCAAUGCUGUGUACUUAUCAGAAACGUUGCAAACAGAAAUGAAACUAUCAAGGAAUAUCUCAACUCGGUCAAUGCAGGUCGUAUACUUCGUUCAUUGAAAGAUGAUCACCCUCGCUUUUGCGUUGAUGUAGGCAGCGCUGCACUGAGAGAUUUAGGUAUCAGUGAUUAUAACGACGGAUGGACACCGAGAACUCCCAUUUUAGGGGCGAGUGGAGUUAUCUUAGACCUCUAA